CACUCGAAGGGCCAGCAGACACCACUUCGAAUAUCGCCAUCUGAUUCGACAGCAGCGGCAAGAUUUGGACAGUUAUCCUUAGAACAUGCUGCGGAGGUUGGAACUAGAGUAAGCCCUAUCUCGAAAAAACGACCAGCAAGCUCAGAAGUUUGCACUGCAGAUGCAUCAGCAUUGGUCAAGGAUUACGACAAAGCGUUUGCCAUAAGAACCUCAUGCGCAGCAUCAAAAUACAUCAAACGACCUACUGCCGAGGAGACCAUAACAGUGUGUCCUCCACUGACAAGUGAACCGUCGGUUAGUGCGACCGAAGGACGUACCUUAUUUCCAGACCCAUACGACCCGCGAACUCCGGAAGAAUUUACAGAAGGCUUGAAGCGUCGUCGUCGCCCCACCGAAACCUUGUAUCUCGACAUCGUACAAUCAAUACCUGGGCUGAACGCAGCUAGAUCUUUGCGACAGGCGGAUUACAUGUCUCAAGAUGAGUUUACGGCAGAGAUCAAGGGUAUCUAUGCUGCAUUGGUCAUGGUUGAAGCGAAGUGCAUCAAGCUUGAUGCAGCACAUAUGAAUGCCAGUGCGAAUCUUUCUUUUGAUCAAUGGCAAGCACUUUUUGCAGUGCAUCGAACUCUGCUGUACGAACACCAUGACUUCUUGUCUGCAUCACAACAUCCCUCAAGCAGUUCUUCGUUGCGCAAGCUGGCCACAAAGUACUCUAUGCCAGCUCGGAUGUGGAAACACGGUAUUCAUUCGUUUCUGGAGGUACUGCGACGUCGUCUGCCAGAUUCGCUUGACUACAUGCUGCAAUUCAUUUAUUUGGCGUACCAAACAGUCACGCUGCUCUACGAAACAGUCCCAUCCUUCGAAGAUACCUGGAUCGAAUGUCUUGGAGACUUGGCACGUUACAGAAUGGCGGUCGAAGAGAUAGACAUGAGAGAUCGUGAGAUCUGGGGUGGAGUAGCCCGUGACUGGUACUCCAAAACAUCAAACAGGAACCCAGAUGUGGGCAGACUGUACCAUCACUUGGGUAUAUUGGCACGCCCAAAUGCGAUCCAACAAACGUACUAUUACUGUCGAGCGUUGACUUGUGUUCAACCUUUCGAUUCUGCCAUGGAAUCGUUGUCUUCGUUGCUCUCGCCUUUGACAAAAGUGGAGCCGGAACGAGCGGUAAUACCUUACGUGGACGAAACAGACUCCAUGUUUCUCUGCAUACAUGCCAAAAUGCUGGCAUCGAGAACUCGAAACUAUGGUACUCAGCUUCAUGUGGUUAUUUCCACAUAUCGUGUAUGGCUUGACACGCAAAUCCGUCGUCAGGCACUCAAAUGGAAAGAUCAUGGUGUUUUCAUUGCCGUUACUAAUAUUUCAGCGUGCUUCGGUUAUGGUUAUCUUGACAAUUGUCUAUCAAAAACUUACAGAAAGGGGAUAAAGGUAACACAUAACCUUCAUGCAUCUGAGAAUACCACGCUGAAUCCGAACUNNUCUCAGGGAUCUGAUAACGAAAGAAACGACUCUAUCUCGGACGAUUCGCUGUAUCUUCUUUCCAGCACACUUGCAUUGGUCCUAUCUCGAGAGAACGACUUCAACGUCCUCCCUCAUGUACAUACGAUCUUGGCUUUUCUCUGGAGCAUCUACAAUCUGGCGGUCGGACCAGCCGCCCUGAUUACAAAAGUACUGAAUUCUAUUCCUUGGNGGAAGAUCGUCGAUUUCCUCAACAGCUUUAUCAAAACCGAGCCGAUUGAAGAUCGAGUUGCGGAUGCAGGUCGACGAGGAAGCUUUNUGCAAGGCGCACCCAAGCCACUGCCUGAGGACUAUCUUCUGCGCGGUCUGGUCUGGUGCAGAGGCUACUUUGCAUCUGGAUGGUUUGACGAAAAGCACGACGAGGAAAGUCGUCUUCUUGAGCUGCCCAGCACGAACAAGGUGAGAAUUGAUAGGGUCAUGCGAUUGAGCAUUUGCUUGUCACAGAAAGGAAAUUUCAUCUCUUUUGAUCAUUCGAGGAAGGUGUUCCUCAAGCUCAAU